AUGUCUUCUCUCCAAUCAGCUACUGCACUGCUUCACCACGCGGGAUCCGCAACUGCCGGCGCUAGUAACGCUGUGGCCACUAGUAGCGCCGCGAUUCGCGCCGGGAAAUCCGCACACGAUUCGUCGAUUUCCUUGCCAUCAAGCUUCCUUCCUCGCCUCGAUUCGACGCUCACCACCACCACUUCCUCCACCUCAUAUUCGUCACUCCCUUCCCCUUCUCUUAUCGCCGUCCGAUCGGCAUCUGCGAGUGCGGCGGGACCCGCCGCAAUUUCCGGCGGCCAAUCACAGAACGGUGCCGUCCGGGACCGGGUGAUCGCGAUCCCGGAUCUCGAGGAGGAUUUCGCGCCGGAGGUGAACGGGACGUACGGGAAGGGCGGCAGCGUGGAGGACGAUGCGGCCGCCGUACGCGGCGGAUUAAUCGACGGCGGGCUCGUGUACAGGGAGCGGUUCGUCAUCCGGUGCUACGAAGUCGGCGUUAAUCGAAAGGCUUCUAUGGAGACCAUCGCGAAUCUGCUGCAGGAAAUAGGGUGCAACCACGCGCAGAGCGUGGGGUUCUCCAACGACGGUUUCGCCACCACGCCAGCGAUGCUUGCGAAUCGCCUCAUCUGGGUUACCACUCGCAUGCACAUCGAGAUGUACAAGUAUCCCAAAUGGGGUGACGUGGUGGAGAUUGACACGUGGUUCCAGGAUGGCACCAUCAUGUCGCGCCGUGAUUGGAUCAUCCGCUUCGGCCACACAGGGGAGGUCAUCGGUCGAGGCACCAGUUCAUGGGCCAUGAUGAAUCGCGACACCAGGCGCCUCUCCAAGGUGCCUGCUGACGUGCGCGCCGAGCUCACAGUGCAUUGCCCCAACCCUGAGAGGUUUUCUAUUCCAAAGAGCAGCGUUGCAAAAAUCAACAAACUGGAAGAGCCAGCAGACCACGUGCGGCCAUACCUCCGGCCUAGGCGCAGCGAUUUGGACAUGAAUCAUCACGUCAACAACGUCACUUACAUUGCAUGGAUGCUUGAGAGCCUGCCGCAGUCCCUCUUGGGAUCAUAUGAGCUGGCUGAAAUCACCAUUGAUUAUCGUCGGGAGUGCGGGCAGGACGACGUGGUUGAGACACUUGCCAAGGAAAUCGUUUCGCCUGAUAUUUCACCUGAAGUUUCACCUGGGGAGGGUGCAGCUGAGAAGGUGGUGUCCUGUGCUGGUGCUACUGCUGCAGCUGCUUCUGUUGCUGGUAGCAGUGGUGGGAGUGUGAAUGGGACUGCUGUGCUGGAAAUGGAAAAAGGAAAUGGGAGUGUCGCUGCUGUUGCUGCUGUUGCUGCUGCUGUUGCUGCUGCUGCUGCUGUUGCUGCUGUUGCUGCUGCUGCUGCUGCUGCUGCUGGGGCUGCCCCUGCUGCUGCUGCUGCUGCUGCUGGGGCUGAGGGGUUGCCUGCGGCCGAGCCUGCAGCCUUACCAGCAGUGCCAGUCGCCAAACCUGCAGUAUUCCCUACCAAGCCUGUUGCCGAGCCUGCAAGGUUCCCCGCCGCACCUGAUGCCCUCCCUGCAGUGCCAACCGCCGCGCUUGCAGUAGUGCCGACCAAGCCAGCUGCCGAACCAGAUGAGUUGCUGACCAACCCGGCUGCCGAGCCUGCAAGCCUCCCAGCAGAGCCUGCCGCCUUACCUGCAGUGCCAGCGGUGGAGCCUGCAAUGGUGCUGACCAACCCUGCUGCCGAACCUGCCACCUUCCCUGCAGUUCCAACCGCCGAGCCUGUAGCAUUGGUUGCCAAGCCUGCUGCCGAGCUUGCAAGAUUGCCUGCGGAUCCUGCUGCCUUUCCUGCAGUUCCGAUUGCCAAACCUGCAAGGUUGGUUGCCAAGCCGGCUGCCGAGCCUGCGAGGUUCCCUGCAGAUCCUCCCACCUUUCCUGCAGCGCCCACAGCUGAACCUGCAGCGCUGCCCACCAAGCCUACUCCCGAACCUGCAAGGCUUCCCACCGAACCUGCCGCCUUCCCUGCAGUUCCUACCGCCGAACCUGCAACACUACCCACCAAGCCUGCCGCCGAGCCUGCCACCUUCCCUGCAGAGCCUGCCACACUCCCCGCUGCCCUCCCCACACCAAAAACAGCUCCGGCGACAUCCGAAAUCAACCCAGCUGGAGCCACAUUGAGGUUUGGCGAGCCUCCAAAACUGGCUCGGGCGCCUGCCGAGCCUAUGUUGGCACCCGCACCGGCGGCCAAACCAGUCGAGGCAGUGAUGGGAGUGGAGGAGAGGGGGCCUCUGGUGCAGGGGUUGCGAGGGAGGAUGGCUGGAGGAGUGGAGGGCUGCAGGGCUAUGCCCUGUGCUCUGAUCUUGUAG